UAUUUACGUGUCAUGUCACUGUGAGAUAGGUUUCGCAGCGAUUGAGGUAAGUGUAAAACUUUUCGUUUCAAAUUUUCAUGAAGAAAGUAAAACUUCUGUCCAAGAAAUAUUGCUUUAAACUUGAUUCGUAAAUUACAUAGGAAUGAGUAGUCAUUUUUGCAUGGUUUUUGAUGAUCUGUUACGGCAGUUAAGAGAUGUAUAAUCGAUAAGAAAAAUUCGAUGUUAAUUCUCAAAAAAUGUCUCCAGAGCAACGUUCAUCUGCCUCUUUAAAAUUUUCCUUUAAAGUUAGCUCAAGGCGUCUAUUGUGAAAAUAAUCGAUGAAGUUCCUUUUCUUUUUCUUUAUUUUCCUUUGCAUUAGCAAAUUGUUUUCAUUGUAAUUAUAAAAAUCAGAAGACUCACUCCGCACAGCUGAUCUGCAUUUUUACUUGGAUGCUCGAUCCUUACCCGGAAAGGGAAGAUUUCCAUAUAAUUCCAUACUAUUCUCUAACAAAGCCUUGGUCUUAAAGGUGAUCUAUUAUUGUCGCCAUUGCUUUAGUUUAUCCUGGAACUGUAAGUACAAUGAAGUAUAGGGUGCAGAAUUCUUGCCCUCGAAAAUUCCACACAAUGGAAAUCUGCUAAAAUAAUAAAAAAAAAAUUAAAAAAGCAAGGGAUGUUUCACACACUUGUAAGUUGGGAAAAUCCCAGUCAGUUGGUAUUUUGCUGUUUCCCAAACACCCCAGCCUUUAAACCAUUAUAUUGGGAGAUUGCUAGGCAUUUGUCAUAAUGGGUUACAGGAGCCAUUUUAUUUGUGACUUGGGGGUACUGGAGGAUUUGGAGGAUUGAUAGCAAGCUAAAACUAUGGCAAGAUCCCCUCCAUUUAAAACAGGAGUAUGUAUAUAUCUUCAAUGACUGCUGAUCAUUGCAGAAAUCUAUGUUGGAUCAGAAAAAUAUGAAUACCUCCCUACUCCUUCCGAUUUUCUCAAAUUGUUGCCAACCAUCCCAGAUCAUUGGGGUUGUCUACAAUUUUGAGUUUCAGUUGUUGAAAAACUCUGGGACAGUCAGGAAACAGUAUAACAGAUUGCAAGCAAGUACACAAUGUUGAAAGAUUUUUUUUUUUAUCAUAAUGGUAAAUUUUUCAGACAUCGAUAAGUUUGUAUUGGCUACUAUAAUUAGGAAAUACCUGUUAAUAAGGUUUUUUACUAUGACUAAAUAAGUAAAUUGGGAGAUACUCUUUCCAGUUUUGCCUUUUAAAAGCUCCUUACUCUGACAUUACUUCAAUUUGUAGUGGUUGAAAAGUACAAGAUUACAAUGUCAGCUCCACCACCAUACUACCCUCCAGACCCUGGACACCAGGGAGGUUAUCAGGUACCACAGGCUUACCAGCAAGGUCCUUAUCCAAUCACAACUCCUCCUCAACCAGGAUAUGCACCCAGUAAGUUAAAAUUAUAUACAGUGUCAGUUGAAGGACUUUUAAAUGUUAGCUCGAAAAUCCUUCUAGAUUAGAUUAGUGAUGUAUCAGGCUACAAAGAAACUGAUGUAGGGAUAAAGAUAUGCUUGUAAUGAAACAACUGGAGUGAUAGAAUGGACAAAUGGAAGUGAUCAUUUGACAAACAAAUGUCAUAUAACAACUAGCCAGGUCCAGCAUAUGGUCUGGGGCUAAGUUAGUCAUUCCCCUUAAGAAUAUGAACCAUGUAACUUUUCCCUGUAAUAUCCAUAUUAUCCAGCAAUCAGGUAAUGAGAAUACUCAAACUCAUCAUAUCAAAGUAUUUAUAAAGAUAUAACACCAUAUUCUUGCAACUAACUUACAAGGAAAUAUGUACAAGCUAGAAAAGAGAAUUAACAGUUAGAUCCUGGGAUUAUAAGGGUUAAAGCACAAUCUUAAGCAGUCCCUUACUCCAGCUAGGUUAUUGCAUAAAUUAAUACUGGAUGCACUGGAACAUAAUCAGGAACACUUCAAAAAUAUUUCCCAGCUUGCUAUGUAGAGAUGUAGAUUUAGUUACUGGGAUCUUAGGCAAUUACAGAUUUCCGUCUCUUUUUUUUUUCUUAUGACAGUAAUUGGCACCUGUUCCCCUUGUUUCAAGAGAUUGACUAAGCUUACUUGGAUUAUUCUUAGAGGAUGAUCAAACUGUACAAAUUUAAGUGCAGCUUGCAAUUGAACAGAUCAAAUUUAAAGUAAUUAUAACAUUUAUCACAACCAUUACAAAUUCCUCAAAUAUUAUUGGUGCAUUUGCAGCUUCAUUUUUCACUAAUCAUUCUGUACAGUUGUAACUGGACAGAGUAAUCAGACAGGUGGCUUUAAUUGGACACCUGUUAUUGGACAGUUGAAGCAGCCAAUCAUAAUAAGUCCACUCAGCUAAUCCACCAAUCACAGAAAUGAUCAAAAUAAACAUUAGAUAGCAACAACCACACAUCCAAAGAAAAACAAGGGAAUUUCCAAAAUGGAGGAAUUUUUAACCAAAGACAUUGUCUCGACUGGAGAUAUUUGCUUUAGGUACCGAUAUAUUUUUUUUUUGGAAAUUGAAAUCGUUAUGAUUAAUUGGUAACAGGACUUCUUGUCACUCAAUUCUGUCUACAGGUAAUCAUAUUUGUUAUUUUGUUAAUCACUCAUAUGAUUACAGACCAAAUUGAACUCCAUUUGGUCCUAUUAUUGUAAUUAUAAAUAGCCAUUCAGAACAAAGGAGGUAGUGUGGCAAGUUUAAGUAUUGUGUUAAGUAGCAUGAAGGAAUGGAAGACCUGAGAGGUAUUAAAUUUCUCUGAUUGGUUGAGAGGGUGGCAAGAGAUUUACAGACCAGUCACAGAGAACAUUUAAGAAAAACCAGGGUGCAAUCAUAGAUUACUCAGUAAAAUGCUGUGACUGUUAUUUUUCGUAUUCAUUUGAUGCAAGGCGACAAUGACUCACACAAGUCUGAGAUGUUGUCCUAUUUGAAAGUUACCAGACACCACAUUUUCUAUUAUGUAAUGGGGAAGAUCUUUAUUGAUCUCUGCACAGGUUAUCAUGAAGGAGCUCCACCAGGUUACCAACCUUUGCCAGCAAAUGUGCCUCCAACAGCGUAUGUCUAUAUUCGAGGGAACUGCCCAGCAUGCCACACAGGAACACUUGAGGACAGUUACACUGCUCUUGGAGUUUGCUUAGCCUUCUGCUUCUUCCCUAUUGGUAUUGUCUGUUGCUUGAUGCUCACUGAAAAGAGAUGUAACCACUGUGGAAUGAGUUUCUCAUAAAUCAGCCAUGUGUACAGCAAAGCACACUUUUUUAGAUUGGUAUAAAGCCAAAAAUAUUGUCUUAUUUGUAUUUAUGAUAAUAACCAAGGGUAUACCUCUGAUAGUAGCUAUGAUUGUUCCUUAUCUCAACACAUUUUCCAGGACUUGACAGCAGCUCCAGAGAAGAGUGCUGGGAAAUGAUAAUAAUUUUAAGGGAUUAUAUUCUGUAGUUCCCAGGUAGAGUUGAAACAGUAUACGAGGAAGCAAGUUCACAUGCACAGUAUACUGACUCCAUUUUUCCGUAACAUCAGAAAAAGCAAUUGUCCUUAGAAGGACAAGAUUUUUUUCAAAAAAACAAGAAGGUGGUAAUGGGUUUAUAUGUGAUGUGUGAUUAACUCUUUAACUCCUAGGAUCUGAUUGUUAAUUCUCCCCUCUAGCUGCUACACAUUUCCUUGUAAAAUAGCUGCAAGAAUUUGGUGUUAGAUCAAGAUAACAGCUUAACUUGAUAAGUUUGUGUAUUCUUAUUACCUGCUUGUUGGAUAAUGUAUGGUUAUUAGAGGGAGAAGUCACACUUUAAUCACUUCUGGGAGUUAAAGGGCUAAUUACGACCAAAAUUAAUAUUUGACUUGGGAAUUUUACAUAAAGGUGAGAAGGAUUUGUGAAUUUUGUAAACCAGUACGAGGCAUGAUUUGCCUCUUUAAAUUAAAGUCAUGUGUGAAUUUUUUCUUUCAUUUUUUGAUAUUUAAUCUUAAGAUUUCUGUGAAACCUAGGACAAUUAAAAAGAGCAAGUUUUACCUUGAAAUUUCUAUGCAUGCUACCCUCAAACAACUAGUUGUUCAUGCUGAUGAACAUGUAAUUUAAAUGUUUUUGGCAGGAAUUGAUACAAUGGCAGUUCAAAUUAAUGUAACUAACUUCAGAGUGAGUGUCACUUUCCUUCAUGAACUUAAGUUAUAAUAAGUAAAAUGUACAGUUAUUGAGCAGAAUUUAACUCCAUCAUGGGAGUAAUUUUACAAUGUUAUAGUUUGUGAAACUAUAAAAUAAAAAUAUAUCGUAACAGUGUCUAAGAAAUCCAAUGCAAAAAAGAGUUCCAAAUACACAAAGUAAAUACUAAUGCAUUGAUCAAUUUGAAGCUUCAAAAUCUCCUUUUUCCUUGGAAAUUGAACUUUUGAAGAUUGGUUCGUUCAAAUUCUUGCCUUCCUGGGUCAAAAUCUAGCUCAAAUGCCCCACCCAAGAGCUGGAUUUGACUGUCAAUUUUCCUGUAAACACCUCCAUUUAAAGAUAUACCACAUUUCUUCUUCUGGAAAGACUUGACAGUUCCUGUUCAAAUUUCCAAUCCUACCCAGGCAAGGUUCUAAUUCCCUUCUCCACCUGGCAUGGAUGGCAGAUGAACAUGUCCACAGGUUUCAGGGUG